AUGAGGAGAGCGAUGCCUGGAACACGUACAUGGCUACAACAAUCCACUGGAAAUCUUCAAACUACACGUAAAGUGAAUGACAUAAAAGAUCACAACGUGAAGAGAACUAACUUCACGUAUGAUAAGUCCAAAGCCGUUGCUUGUGUCAAUUUCAAAGGAGGAUUAGGGAAUCUUAUGUUGCAAUAUGCUUUUUUGUACGUCGUAGCUAAAACCAAAGACCUCUAUCCGAUCGUUCCAGUUGAUUUUGAACUCCUAAAUGUGUUCAACGUUCAGCCUACGACUAUCCAGAAAACCCCAAAGCGUUUUAAGACGUGUUCACAGCUACCAAAACAUGUAGAGCGGUGGGGUCUGUCGUAUGACGAGAACUUGUUCAAGGUUCCGUCACAUACAAACGUCAAAUACGAUGGUUAUUUCCAGUCCUGGAAAUAUUGGAUAAAAUUUGAAGACGAAAUCCGAGAUAUUUUUCAAUUUAAUAGCUCCAUAAAGGAGUCAGCUUCUUCCCAGUUUGUGGAUAUUUUACAGGAGAUGAAUUUUGACAGGACAGGCGUUGUAGUCGGUGUCCAUGUCCGACGAGGAGAUUACGCCACAAAAGGACACAAAAAAUUCGGGAAAGUGACACCCAACGCUACCUAUUAUAAGAACGCCAUGACAUAUUUUAGGAAGAAAUUUGGAAAUGUCUUAUUUAUUUUAAGUUCUGAUGAAAUUUGGUGGCCAAUCAAAGUGUUGGAAUCGGAAACCAAUAUUUAUUACGUUCGAGGAAAUUCAGCUGUUGAGGAUAUGGCUUUGUUGUCCUUCGCUAACCACACUAUUGUGUCGGUUGGAACUUAUGGUUGGUGGAUUGGUUGGAUGACAAGGGGGACAACUGUGUAUUACAAGCACAUAUUUGUUCCUGGAUCUGAAUUCGCUAAAGAGUUUAGAAAUAACUCCAUCGAGGAUUUUAUACAUCCGGGUUGGAUAGGAAUGGAAUAA